GGUUUACCCGGGGGGAUGACAAGAAAAGGAGUGACAUGAAUGGUUUGGAAGACCAGGACAAAGUUAUAACUACCUGGCACCUUGCAUUCAAGCGAUGCACCGACUUCGAUUUAUGGGGACAGCCGGUUGAAGCUAUUGAUGGAUAUCAAAGACUUUCCAAACAGCUACAGGAGUUCUCAGGAACAGACAGCCAACUAUUCACAGAUGAACAGAAGAAAGUUCUUGGGAAAAUUUCAGUCUGUUUAAAUUUGCGAUGCAAGGUCUUACAGAAUCCAGGAUCUCCAGAGGGAAUUCUGUUAGAGGACCUAAAGCGCAUUGGCUCAACUUUGAAGACUGUGUUGAGCAAGAAAUGUCAAGACUUCCCGGUGGAUAUCACAGUGGCACAGAUACGCACACAGUCUCUCAACAACUUAACGUACCCCUUCUCUGUUGAUAGGUUUCCACAGUCUACAGAUCUUGAUGAGGACAAACAAGAAGGCAGAGCCAAUGGUAACCUCCUUCCCAAACCUUUACCUGUGGAGGGCAUGCCCAUGCUGACCCUUCGUAUAGAGAAGAUCUGUCUAAAAGAUGCCCGCCAGUUCAUCGAUCCCUUCAUCACUGUGUCGGUAAAAGACUCUCUGGGAAGCAACCUGAUGUCCCCACAGGAAACCCCAGUGGCCACGCGGAAAGAGAGCCAGCAGAUCAUCUUUAACAUGGACGUGUACAUACAGAAAUGGAUUGACAGUCUUCCCACAGGCUUUGCCAUAUUUUUUGAGUUCAAGCACUACAAGCCUAAGAAAGCUACGACCAGUGUCAAGUGUUGGGCGUGUAUGGAAAAAGAUGAGAUCAAAGAGGGAAACGUGGCCCUGGAACUAUACAAGAAGCCGACAGAUUACAAGAGAAAAAACAUCCGCCUGCUGACAGUAAAACCGCUGUUUCUACAUAUCAAGCUACUGUUUAAUGUGUAAAACGUAACAUAUCUAACAAAAAACUGAUCAGUCAAUUAUUGUUUAGUUAAUAGUUCACAUGGAUAGUUCAAUGUUUCCAAGAAUUGUCAAAUAGAAGAGGUACCUUAUAAGCUUUAUUGAUUAUUUUAACGAAAGGAAACACUUUUUAAUGCAUCAUUACUACAUUGAAACCUGUUUAAUCAGAAGUUUGAGUAUUCCACAUACUGUCUUAUCCAACAUAAUGCUGUAAUACAAUUUCUUGUGAAAUCAUUCUGUCUGUACUUACUAAAAGUUUUGGGUCAAAGGGGUGUCAGAUUAGACAGGUUAAUAUGACCAGUAUGUGGUGUCUUACAGGGUAUUGGACUAGACAGGUUAAUCUUAUCAAUAUGUUGUUUCCCAUAUAGUGUCAGAUUAGACAGUUUGAUAUUAUAAAACCAUGAUAUCCCACUGAUACAGAUUAGACAGGUUAGUAUAACUAAUAUGUGCCCCACAAGAUGUCAGAUUAGACAGGUUAAUCUGACCAAUAUGAUGUUUCCCACAAGAUGUCGGAUAAGACAGGUAAAUCUGACCAACAUGUUGUGUCCCACAGGGUGUCAGAUUAAACAGGGUAAUCUGAUCAAUAUUUUGUAUCCAAAAUGGUUUCCGAUUAGACAGGUAAAUCUGACAAAUAUGUUUUAGUUCCACAGAAUGUCAGAUUAAAAUAGUUUCAGUAUAUAUUUUUUAAUGGGAAAUUACACAGAUAAACAGUUGAUAGAGAACUUACUUUUAGAAAAUGUAUAGAAAAGUUUGCCUCGUUUAGUGUUGAGUAUGGUAAAUGUUUUAUUCAAAUAGUCAUGCAAUGUUUUUAAAACCUCUGUUCCUGCAAAUCACUCAUGGUCGUCCCACCUGACAUAUUUAUCUCCCUUUAUAUACCCUGGUAUGCCUUGCGCCCCUUCCCCCCAAUCCUCUCACCCCUAGGUAACUUGAGUAGACUCUACCAUACAUUCAUCUGGAUGAAUUCAUAAUGGUCUACAGUGAUGAAAGGGUUAACAGCUAAAAUAACAAGUCUGCAAAAUAACCCCUGUAUACAGUAUUUUUAAAUGUUUUGAAUUUUUUGUUGAAUUCUAAAAACAUGGCUGGGGUUUGGGAGAAGAAGGGGAGGUUGACAUUUCUGUUUAUAUGAAGCUGUUAUGACAUCCAUACGUAAGACUGAUAUUGUUGUAAUUUCCCUCACGGCCAGUCCUCAACUGUCUGCAGGGACAGAGGAUUACUGUAAAAUGUUGCAUUUUUAUCCCCAUUUUAUUUUCACUCUUAAAUGAGUGAAUCAAUUUGAGAUGGUGAACGGUUUGACGAAAAAUCUCACUGGUAAAGUUGACAACAGAAACAAAAAAAUAGAAAAAAAUGUGGCAGGUUCAGCUACCAAUUGAAAAUAUUAUUAAAAAUUGGAUGUGUAAAGACGAAAGCAAAACUUUGAUGAGAUGAAAAUGAUACAUUUUACAGUAAUACUGACAUUGUUUUAUUGCCAAAAGUGUUUAUACUGCCAUGUAGUUUGCGAAUUUUUUUAAAAUUUGUUUUAUGUUGGUCUAGUGUCCAUUAUGUUAUGAGCAAGAUGAGAUCUCUGUUUCAAAGUUUAAAUGUUUAUUAUUGUUGCAGAUUUUCCUGUUUUUUAUUUGGUUGUUCAUUCGUUUUUGAAACACGUCAUGAUGGCAUCUCUGUUUGUACUAUUUUUAAGGUUGUAAUCAUUAUCAUAAUUUUGUCACUCUGCAAAUAAAUGUUUGGUAUGUAUGCAUUGCAAGAAUUCUAGAAAAACAAUUUCUGCAGGAAUUUUCUAUUGUUUCCUCAAGUACUAGUAGACUUGCUCAAGUUCAGGUUCAGAUAUUUUUAGUCGCUGAUUGAAACAAGCACCUGUGGAAAAAGGAUAUAGGGAAAGUGCAUUCCAUGUAGAACAAAUGUAUUUGAUAUUGCUUCUCCCUACAUAUACAACUUAGUAUUUCUCAUCAAACAUCAAAUGAUAACACAACGUAGAUCUCAUUUUUAUAAGACUUCUGUUUUUAUCAAUCAAUCCCUAUACCAUCCUCGAUUCUCAGGGGUUACGCUCACUUACUCUCUCUGCCCCCCUAGAAUAUGCCAUCGCUGAAUUGAAGGCUCGGUGGGAAGACUAGUUUGAUCCAUUUAUGUACAUCAAAAUAAUUUUUCGUCUUGUAACAGUAAAAUUGACUGUCUCUGAAGUUGGAUGUCACUCCUCUGUAAUCUUCAAAGAACAGGUAUCGGUAUAAAGAUUGGUCAGGUAAAUUUAUUUGAGACCAAUCAAAUAGCUAAUUGCAUGCCUUCAAUUUUGCUACGACAUAUUCCUGGAGUGCAGAGAGACAAAAUGAGUGUAACCCCUGGAUCUUCGAGGAUGUCCUUUUACAUAAAAGUAUAAAAAGGUGUAUACAUUUUGUAAAAGUAUGAACAUGUGUAUUUUGAAUUAUUUUCUUCUUUUUCAAAUGAAUAAAUCAGAUCUUUUGAGAUGUUUGUAUAACUUAUACAAAAUUUUAUUCACCAGAUAUAUAUUAUAAUAUAUACAUGCUGAUACAAUUAUUUAACAAAGAUCUUGUGAUACAAUCUAGAUGUGAUCCUUACAUUUGACCUAGGUGUUGGAAAUUAUUGUUUCUUGCUGUUUUUUUGUAAAUGUUAGGUAUUCAGCUUAUUAAGAAUAUAGCAGGAAUAAAAACAAAAUAUCUCAAAAAAUUGGAUCCGGGCAUAGAAAAUCAGUCCCUUAGUCUCUCUGAAAACGUCUCACUCUGCUGGGUUUUUAUGUUUUUAUUUUGUGUAAUUCGUAAUUUUAUAUACUUUUAUACUUUAGUACUUUUUUACUAUAUAUAUAUCUACACAAAUAAUUGGCCAUGGCCAAACAAUCAGUCCUGUGGAGAUGUUUUUCGAUUGCAGGUAUUGCAGUACUCUGUGUGAUUAUUGGUGGUUUUUGAAGACACACAGCUGUUGUUUACGUGGGUUUUACUUUUGUAAUUGUAUAUACUCUUUUAUUGUUGGUUGCCUUGUCGAUCAUUCUGUCCCAUGAAUACACAGCUGAUCUUGGCUGGUAAAUUUUACUCUAUAAGAGAUAUGUUGAGCAGCUUUUAAUACUGUUGUGCCUUUUCAAAUAUUGUUCGACACUGCUUCUUUGGCGGAUGUGUUAUCCUUUUAAAAUCAAAAACCCUCCAGUGCCUUUUAUUUCUAAAUUUAUACACUAUAAUACCAUAUUACAAAAGUACUAUUAUACAUGAGAACUACUUUAUUUGUGUGAGAAUUAAUACCCUAACACUAAAAAUAUUCUGUUUUCUUGAUUUUCAAUAGGAUGUUCAAAGAUUAUUUCAUUUGUAAUAGUAUUUAUGUAAAUAUAAAACAGAUUGAGAAUUUUCAUUUUUCGGUAUGUGUAUACAAUGUGAAAAUGUCCAUUUUAUGUUGAGUUUAAGCAAACAGAUGAUAAUGAUUUUAAUUUACACAAGGUGGAAAAUUUAUUAGAGGGAGGUAAUAAGAUCAUCUCCCACUAUUGAUAAGAUACUUCACGUUAAAACAUCCUCAAUAUCCAGGGGUUACCCUCACUUACGCUGUCUGCACCCCUGGAAUAUGUCAUAGCGAAAUCGAAGGCU